GCAAAUUCAAAUGAAUUAUUACUGUGCAGUUGUAUUUUUUUUUAGUGGGUGAAAAUGGAAUGGUAACCCCGUCUGCGCUAUCGGUAUAUACUGGCAGGGCACCAGUGAUAGGUGAGUGGUGAAAAUAAAGGCAAGUCAGUUGGUCCACCAUGAAGAAUUCAACAAAAACUAACUACGAUAGUUUCCAGUGGAAACCACGUGGAGGUCGACCUGAUAGGGUAUAAUUUUGGAAAUGGGGUUAUUAAAAUCCAUUACUAACAAUUCCUGUCCCCCCUAGUUGUAUGUAUUUGUUCAAUAUCUUUGACUUAGCUCCCUUGUAUUCAUAGAUGAAGAAUGUUUCAUUUAUGUAGUAAUUAAGAAUUUAUAUUGAUAGUCAUGUUGACAGUGACACUUCUUAGACAAUAUGUUGUUUUUUUACGCUCAAAUUUUUAAAAAUUUUUAAUUAAAAUCUUUAAAUCCAAUAAAUCAUAAGGUCCUUCAAUAUAACUCAAAUUGUUUACGGCGAAGCUAUUGUUACUUAUUAUAUAUUUUUUUGUGUUUAUUUCCUAGACAUUAUAAUAAUGUGUGAAUAAAUACUUGAACUUGGAAAUAAAAGGUUACUUUUAUAAGAUGAUUAUUUUACUAUUUUGCAUAUUUUUCUUUAUUUUUAGUACUAAUUGCAUAACUUCAAUUGACUUAAAAGAUAUAAAUUUGCCACCAGAACAUAUUCCAUAUUACUUUAAUACAUUUCCCGAAGUUGCUAAAUCUUGUUUAAAUGACCCAGAAUGUCCAUAUAAGGGACUAACUAAUAUUAAAGCUUGUUGGGGUUAUGAACGUUUAUGUAAUGAGUCUAGUUCAUAUCAUGUCAGACCUCGGUGUCCUGGUGAUCAUCGUGGAUGGGUUAAAUCAAAAGAAGCACAAUUUGCUACAUUUUAUACACAAGCUGAUUUUGGUUUUGUCAAAGACCAAAUAAAUGAGCUAAUGGUAAUGUGUGAAGCUUUCUAUCCUGAUGACACAUCUUUAGAAUGUUCUAAGUAUUUAAGAUUCUGCCGUGGUAGAAAUAUGAUGUUAAACUUUACGGGGCUUGUUGGUCGUGGUAAUAACUUAAGAUACAAAAUGGAUAUUCUUGGGCCAGGACAAAUAGGUGGACAUUGUAAGUUUUACUCAGAGAGGUUGUUGAAAGAAGCUGAACAUAUGAGUGCGUUACAAUCAUGGGCGCCUGAAAUGAUACAUUUUGUGAGAACAUCUAAAAAGCCUAUUACUGAUGCUAUGUGUGACGUUACCAUUGAAAAACCGACAUACAUAAUGAAAUUAGAUGCAACUGUAAACAUGUAUCAUCACUUUUGUGAUUUCUUCAAUUUGUAUGCAUCACUACAUGUUAACUCCACACAUCACUCAACAUUUUCAAAGGAUAAUCAUAUUUUGAUUUGGGAAACUUUUACUUAUGACUCUGCAUUUAAGGAUGCUUUCAAGGCUUUUACAAAUAAUCCAAUAUGGGAUUUGAAAAUGUUCAGAGGUCAAGUAGUAUGUUUUAAAAACGUUUUAUUUCCUUUAUUGCCACGGAUGAUUUUUGGCCUUUACUACAAUACACCUUUGAUAUAUGGCUGUGAAAGAAGCGGGUUAUUUCAUGCAUUUUCCAAACAUAUAUUGCAUUCAUUGAAUAUAAAACUACAUAUCCGAAGCAAUGACAAAAUAAGGGUAACGUUACUCUCCAGAGGCACGACUUACAGAUCUAUAUUAAACGAGAAAGAACUUGUGAAAGCCUUGGUUAAAGUGAAAGAUUAUCACGUACAGCGAGUUGUGUAUGAUAAAACAAUACCUUUUGCUAAACAGCUGGAGAUAACGCAUAACACUGAUGUGUUUAUUGGUAUACAUGGUGCUGGAUUAACUCACUUGAUGUUUUUACCAGACUGGGCAGCAAUUUUUGAAUUAUAUAACUGUGAAGAUCCGAACUGUUACAUGGACCUUGCUCGACUCCGAGGACUUAAGUAUGUCACCUGGGAAAAUAAAGAUAAACUUGUACAACAGGAUCAGGGCCACGGUCCCGGAGGGGGGUCGCACGCCAAGUUCACCAAUUAUUCGUUCGAUGUUGACGAGUUUCUGAGACUCGUUGCUAAAUGUGCGGACCACGUGCGCAGUCGGCAGGAUUUCAAAAAUUUUGUCGAAGCUUCUAUGUUGAAAACUCAUGAUGAACUGUAAAAAGUACUUUUAGAAAAAAGAUAUCGAAAUAUUUUAGUGAUCGGAUUGACAAGCACUCAUGACAAUUUUUUUUCUUUGUUUUGGGUGAUGUUUAGUAUUUCAUUAGUAAUCUUUAUGUAAUACAAAACAAUAGGCAAUGUGUUUGUAAGACUAUAAAUGCCUCAAUCAUUAAUAUUCGUAUAAUUAAUUCAUUAUAUGGACCGUUUAUUUUGAAAGUCCAUUUUCUUUUGUUUUGAGAAAAUUAAAGGUUACUAUAUUUGUUGAUUUAAAAAUACAGGCAAAUCAUAUGAGGUCUGGCAUUGUUUCUAUUGUUUUAUCAACAUUUAAUUUGUUUAUAUAAAUUUGUUUUUGGCUAAUUAGACUAUGAUAACACAUUUAUGUGCUGUUAAUGGACUUACACCACUUUCAAAAUUAGACAAUUGUAAAAAUCGUUUAAUUUUAAUUUUGAAAAAUCAAAUAUCGCUUAAAAUAUACUUCAUUUUAAUAUAAUUUUGUUUACAAAUACGCAUAACAACACAUAAAAUUUUAUUUUAGACGGCAAUUACAUUGUCAUUACAAGAUACGGAUUACAAGAAUUUACUUAUUUUCUGCAUGUGGUAGUGUUUCAAAAUAUGCAUGAUGCACCGGAGGUAUAUAGGAUAGUAGCUGUUUCAUGUCUUUAUAUUUUUCGUACGUAAUAGGUCUGGCAUUUUGGUACAAAGGCUCCAAGGCGAUUUUUUCAAAUUUUAACGGUCUUCCAGGACGUAGAGGUAAUAAAUUGAUAAUUUUAAAUUCUGCGUCCGUCAUCGUUGUUUUAUAAAAAAUGGUAUAUGGUGCAAUUUUGAGGAACCUCAACCAACAUAUUUGCAACCAAUUGACCUGUUCCCCAUUAGUAUUUUUUUUAUCUGUUUUUUAAUUGCAUUAUAUUAAUGUAUUGCAUUGCAUUAAUAUUUAUUUUCUUCUCACAGGUUAUGCGCUGUAUAUUUUCUAAUAUCUAUCUUUUAACUUACGAGUAGUGGAAACACGGAGGGGAAACAAUGCAAAUCGUCCGCGGGUGAAACCGCGGGACACAGCUAGUAUAAAAUAAAUGAAAUAUAACAAAACACUGAUCGGCAUCCAUCUGCUACGCCACCUACCUCUGUCAAUGUAAGUCCAUUACAUCACUUUCAUAAUCGAUGAAUAUUUUCAUUUUCGUUUACCGACCGAUUUUAAGUUGUACAAAACAUGGUAUUUUUUUGAGAAAUUAAACACGGACUAGUUAUAUAUAAAAAAGUUCAUUAAAUUAAGCAUGAAUUACGUGAUAGCUCAUUUUUCUCAAAAAUGGACUUACACCACUUUCAAAAUAAACGGUCCAUAUGUAAAUCAUGCAGUAUCACUGCAUAUUUUUAACUAUCAAUUUAAUAAUAUCACAAUUUUGUGUUAUCAGUAAAUUAUGAGACCGCAAAAUAAAAAAAUCCACAAAGAAUCUCAGUUUUUGUUGAUGAAAUUUUUUCGGCCUGGAAUUCACUUUUGUAAUUUUCUUUUAAUACCGCGAAAUUCACAUCCGCGCGACUUUGCGAAUCUCGCUCUUGUGGAAUUGAAAAUUAUCGCGUAAUGGCGGUAACGGUAUAAUGGUAUUAUUGCAUGCUCUAAGCAAGUGAAGCAUUAUUGCACAAAAUGUAAAGUUAAAAUUAAAUUACCUUUUAUUUUACUCAACUAGGUGUUAUCUUGCGGAAGUUCAAAUCACUGGUUAUUUUACUAGAACUAUUUUGUUUAAUUCUGAUAUCAUUAUUACGUGUGCAAUAUGGAAGGUUGUAGAACUUCUGGUAGUAAUAAUGGGUGUCAAUCUUCGAGGAGUAUUGGCGAUCACACACAUAUUUACGGUAGCGGAAUUAAACAAAAUAAUUCUAAUCAAAUAACCAGAAAAUUACUUUUAUUUCUAUAACGAGUCUUCCUUUGUAUAUUUUUGUAUAAUAAGAGUGUAUUUCGAUACUUGUCGCUUGAUUGGAAUAUACAUAAUAUUAAUAUGCAUGGUGGUAGGUAAAUUUGGAAACCUGGUAUUUAAAAUAUGAAUUAUUUUUACACGCUUUAUAAUUUGGGGAUACAUUUAAGUACAAUAUAAUCAUUUAUUACGUAAAUUAAAAUCUUACAAAUAAAUGCGAUUUUAUUAUAAGUCUUAUAUAUGUAUUACCGUAUAUACAUAUUUACUUACUAUACUUAUAAAAUGGAUUUAAUUUUAUAGUUCUGAUUAGUGACUAAAGGAAAAUAACGAAUUCGAUGGUCAUACACAAGUAUAAAGAAAAGUAUUCUUUUAAUUCAGACUGUAUAAUUAUAGGUUAUUCAUACAGGGUCAGGGUCAAACAUUGUAGGUCUAUAUUAAACUGGAAAUGUCAUAUAUCAGUAUACUCGGAUUUGAAUUUUUAAUUUUUCUAAGGAAUAAAACAUGUAUGAAUAAUUAUAAUCAUGAUUAUAAUACCUGUUACGUAAUAAAUUAGAUAGCAACAUAUUCAUUAAUGCUUUUAUAUAUGUAUCAGUAUAAUAUUUACAUGUUUGGGGGGAAAGGGAUUGUUAGUUAUGGAGACUGAGAAUCCCAUUGGUAAAAAAACACUUAACCAGGUCUACCUCCUCGCGGUUCCCCCUGGAAACUAUCAUGGUUAAUUCCUGAUGAAUUCAUUAUGAUGGGCUAACUGGCCUGUUUUCAUUCUUAUCUAUCACCCUUCACUGGUGCUCCGCCAGCGUAUCCCAUUAGCGCAGGCGGCGCUACCAUACCAUUUUCACCCAUAAAAAAAAAAAUAUUUACAUGUAGUAAGUGGUAUAUUUAUUUUUAAAUUCCUUAUGCGCUUAACUACAGUGCUUAUUAAAAUUAAUAUUGAUUAGUAAUUAAAUGAAUGUGAUGUGAUAUUGUAGAUCUUAAAAAUAGAAAUGCUAAAGGGUACAUAGAAUAUCCACAAAGUGCUGCUUAAUUAGGCCGUCCAUAGCGUCUUAUUUUGUUAUUAAUCGUCAUUUUAUUCAGUAAGAAGUACUUAUAUUGUUAAGUAAAAAAUAUUGAGGUAUCAUACGUGCACAAAGUAGAAACACGCUCAAUAGGUAUAAGUUGUAUAAAUAGAUCACUUUAAUGAUAAAUUUGUUGGUGCUUUGCUUGCGUGUAGUGUUCGUAUUAACACGAUUUCGUGCAAUUUGAUAUUCGAUUCGACGAUAAUUGUCUAUAUAGACGCAUAAUGGGAACUUUGCAAACUUUUGUGUGUUGCCGUAUUCUACAAUUGUUUCCAAUUGUUUCAAAUGCAUCCGGAAGUCUCUUUCAGGAGGUGUACGGCACUUAGCUCGCUGUGCCCGUAAGGACGUCGGUGCGGGCGGAGUUAACGCUGUUAAAAGAUAAUUGGAGAUGAUUACGACAGCACUAUUAUCUCUCACUCAUGUGGCUUUAUCUAGAAUAGUUGUAGUUGUUGUGAAAGAUUGUUAAUUUCGUUGCUGCUGUCUUUCUGAGCUGUCCGACGCAGUUUGGCAGGGGGGAAAGGGAUUGUUAGUAAUGGGGGUCUAAUAGGCCCAUUACUAGCAAUAUACUCUCUCAGGUCGACCUCUACGCGGUUCCCCCUGGAAACCAUCAUGUUUAAUUCUUGUCGAAUUCAUCAUGUCGUGCCUCGUCGGUGUAUACCGAUAGAGCGGGCGGGGUUAUCAAUCCAUUUUCACCCAUUAAAAAAAAUAGUUUGGCACGCGAAGCUUGUGUCUUUUUUUAAUUCGUGUAGCGAUCUCCAACAUCCAUGUAGACAUGUUUUCCAGGCGAGCUACAAAGUUCACCCCCUUGUCUUCAUUGAAAUUAGGCUGACGACUAAUUUCUAUUUCUUCACGAAUCUUGCGAAGAAUAAACGGCUUCUUUCUUAUUAAGACUCGGGCUUUGUCUAAACGUAUUAAAACGUACGUAAAAUUCCUAUUUGCGCAUGUAUAUAGACAUCGUUAAAAAAUUAACAUAUAUUUUAAAAAUAAUAUGACGAAUAUUGAUUUGCAUUCGAAUCUUGUAGGUAUUGUUAGGAUAUAAAAAUUAGAAAAUGUUACUUAUACCUAUUUUUUACUGCGUAGAACAGGUACUUAGGCAGGCGCCUUUUGUACAAGUCUGUCUCAUACUAUUAUGACUAUUAGAUAGUUACUAGAUUACUAAAUAUGCAAUCACCAAUAUUCAUAUCAAUUAUUGUUACAUUUUAUUCUUCAUCUGAGCAAAUGUUUGCGUCUCCUACAUACAUUGUACUAAGUACUACCGACCGACUAUUCUUAGUUUACUAAUCUAAGUGCGUUCGGUUUGCAGUGUUAAAAAAAAUGAUAAAUUUUGAAUGCUUUUGGUUAGCUUUUUUUUUCAUUUUAAAUAUAGGUUGUAAAUGAUGUUGAUUGUGUUUAGAUUUCAUACAUUCCUUUAAUAUCCUUUGUCAUUUUAAAUAAUAUUAAAAUAGGUUGUUAUAUCUUGUAUUAUAUUUAGGUAUUAAAUAGAAUGUUUCAUUUGAGUUCUUCAUUAAUUGCAAUUUUAAGAGAUAGAUAAAAAAGAAUAAUAAAAAUACAUAUAGAAUAAACUUGAUAAUUUUUUUGUAUUGUGUUGCAUCAUCACACCUAUGUUUAUUUAAUUUUUAGAAUUUUAUAAGAUGUAAAUAUACGUUUUCUACUUUUUUAAUAUAGCUUUUAUAUUUAAUGUAGGUAUAUAUACAAAGAAGUAUAGACAUCAUAUCGAAUAUACAAUGUAUAUUCUUAACAAUGUAUAAUUGUUUAAGAGUGCGAUAAAUGUUCUUGAUGCAAUCUGGUUUAUUUAUUAUUUUCCGAAUGCACCGCUAGUUUAAUUGUAACAGCGCCGACGUACAUAAGUUCCAUAAUUACAGUUCGCGAUGUUCAGAUAAAUUGUUCAUAAGAUCGGACGGGAGGUUCACAUUCGGAUGAAUUAUUGACAUAUACUGUUACAGUUAAUUCGGCGAAUCUCAGUAAUUUUGCACAGUAACAAUAAUAACAACUUGCAUUUUAAUACUUGCUUUAUUAAUGUUUAUACUAACUCGAUCGACAGCACGAGUGGGGUAGGCAUAGCUCUGUAUACAUUAUACGAGUUUUGUUACAUAUAACCUAUUCUCAAUAGUAGUAAAGCAUUACAUGUAUUUUCGUUACUUCUAAGGCCAGUACUCAAACAAAUAUACCCCAGAGACGAGGUUGGCAGUUGUAUUGUGUACCCGGAGAGGAUUGUGUACUAAUUAUCUAUAAAUACAAAGUUUCAAAUAAAUUAAUAAAACUCUAUUAAAAUAAUUCUAUGAAACAAGAGCAGAAACGAGAAUACAAUUUAAAAAAUAGUUAGUCUGUGUAUGAUUGCAAUUAUUAUGAUAUCACUAGCUUACUAGUCGCAUGCAAAAUGGUAUACAUGUAUGCAUAUAAUGGCAAACAAGCUGACGGCCCACGUGAUGAAAAGUGGCAACCGUCGCCUAUAGACAUAAACAGUACCAUGGACAUUAUACUGUUUCGCCCAUGAAACCCUCCAUGUUGCCAUUCCAUAGAACGAAGGUGUUAUUCCUUUGUACCCUAUAAAUUCACUGGCAUAUCUCACUUUUCAAACCGAAUAUGGAUGUAGGUGGCUCAAAACCGUUCUUUAUGGCAGUCUAUGGGGGAGGCUUAUGUCCAGCAGUAGACGAAUAAUGGUUGAAAUGAUUCGUUUAAAUUAAAAAAAAAAAAGUAAUUAUUGUGAUUUUUUAAGUAAUACUAAAAUAAUAAAAUUAAAAUAUUAAUAACAUAUAAUUUUAUAUGUACAUUAGAUGUGCGAUGUCUUUGCUAAUUCUGAAUCGAUGUUAAUAAUUGUUUUUGCAAUCGAGUUUAGAUACUAUUGUGUCGAUGCCAUCUAAAUUCUAUUAAGAUUGAAGUAGCAGUUUUUUAUUUUUAUUUUUAUGAGUAUAAAGUAAUGCUGAAAUAACACUAUAAAAACGUACGAUGUAAUUUAAAGAACAUCUUGAAGGGCCGGGUGGACGGUAUCAAACCCAAAAUGGUGUGGUACCCAUCGCAGGAUGAGAACGAAACUCUGAGAGUAGUUAGACGUGACUUUGUUCAGGUGAACAAUAAAAUAUAUCAAUAAUUCAUAUGAAUAUAUGCGCCUAUAGGCUAAGUGACAUUGGAAAUUAAUCUUAAAUAUGCAAAUGGUUGUAAGUAUAUUCCAUGGUUUAAGGAUUAGGAAUGAUAUUUUUUUAUUAGGCAUAUACUCAUAUACCUUUAGGGAAGGUAACGAGAGAAAGUGCAAAGUGUCUCUACAUGCACUUAUACCUUUAAUUAUUAAAAUAAAGGAAGCGAAACGCACUAAGUCUUAUAUUUUAUAUGUACUCGUUUCCACUGAACCCUAAAAUGAAAAGAGGUUGGAAGAUGGUAGAGGCGGUAAAUCGUAAAACAAUCACAUAAUAUGCAAGCAAUAUUUACAGAGGGGAAUUAAUGACCGAAGCUGCUUGCCCUCGGGGUCGAUGCUCAUAACUUUUUUGGAUAACCAGAUUGUAUCGAGAAAUAACAUCAAACAACUAAUUGAAAUCACUUGGACUGUUUAAUUUUUUAAGUUAUUAAAUUAAUUCAUUAACAUUUUGUUAGCAUAAUAUUAAUUAAAUUUUAAAAUCUUUUGCGUAAAAAUGAUGUGAUAUUUUACUUAUUUUUGGUUGAAAGAAAGAAAUUAUUCAUAGAUUCAUGCGGCUCACACAAUAGCAAUAAUAAUAAUAAUAAUUGUAGUGUGUACUCGUGUCCGUGUGUGUAGCAUUGUUUUGUGAAAUAGAUUCGUGCACUUUGAGGUGCUACAGUGCUCUUUUCAGCCCAAACCAUGGUGUCCCAGUUAAAGAGAGUUAUAUAAGUAGUGUGUUGAUAUUCUGCGUGAUGACAUCAUAAAAAUAUGUUUUGUUGUUUAUUUUAAUAUAACUUUUUUGUAAUCAAUUGGUUUUAAACAUAACUUAAUGACUUCAAUAAUUAGGUGUUAUACCGUUUAGGUUAUAUAGGUACAUUCACCCAUUAUCAUAGCUAUUGUAAAGAUAUAACGCAGUAGAAUGUACCCUAAAUUGAUUAAUUAAUAUUAACUGGUUCCAUUAAAAGAUUUAAAUUGAAA